GCAGAACCAAAAAGUGUGUGCUCGUCUCUUUAUUUAAAUAUAGUCUAGAACCAGUUACAUUUAUGUAAUUAUGUAGUGUUUAGAUGACGUUGAGGUUUCUCUGUCUUUUGUGCGAAUGCUGUGGGGUGAAUCUGACAAAACUGAACGUCACACAGGUGAGCUGAGCGGAAGAAAAAUGUAGCUCCUAUCGCACACAAGUUAUUUUUUCCCCACGCUAAAUCUUAUACAACGGAUUAUUUUUAAGACUAAAUAAGACAUUCGAUAGUUUUAAACAUUAAACGUUAGUUGUAUAUAAGAAUAUCUUCUCUUGAUAGUUUUAUCGAAAGUGUCAACAGAUGAAGAUAACGAUCGUCUCCUCUUCAGUUCUGAGACUGGAAAGACCUGCAGCAUGGCCUGUGCACAACAAUCUGCUGCUGAGUACCUGCAAACAUGCAGGUGUAAACUGGUGACUCAAAUGCAAAACUUUCCUCUUAUCAUUGAGAAUCUUUAUCAGCAGAAGGUUUUCAAUGACCAUGAUGUUGAUGCUCUCAAAGCAGAGAGGACAGAGUUUGAUAAAGCCAGAUGUAUACUGGACUGGGUCAUUAAGAAAGGGGAAAAGGCCAGUUAUGAAUUACUCAGGAUUUUGGAUUUCACCCGGAGGAGGACUCUACAUCCUGAUUUGCAUCACUGGAUAAGUUGUUUUUCUUUCAGGGAAGAUGCAGACACUGUAUACUUACUUGGUACAAAGCCCUGUCAAAACUACCAGAUACAGCUGAAGAAGAAAGCAGAAGAUAUCCUGAAGAAACAGUGGCAACAGAACGGCAAAUAUCUGCAAAACAAGAAAGAAGCAAACUUCAUUUACGUACCUCUUGUUCUAGAGACAGACGCUGUGGUGAAAACUGCUCACUGCAAAAUAAAAACAAAGUGUAAAAAAUUUAGAAAACUGCGUCCCAAAAAGCUGCGAUCUUACAUCCCUGAUAAACAAGAAGCACUUACACCUGAAGAUCUGCUGAAGUGGAAAAACAAAAACAUCCUGCUGAUUGGUAAACCUGGAAUAGGAAAGACGACAGUUGUCCAGCAGAUACUGAAAACUUGGACAGAUAAAGAUGAUAAAGAGCCAGACUACAUGUUUUACUUUGAUGAAAGUGUUUUGUUUAACAGUUCAAAGCGGGAUAACUUAGAAUCCUUUUUGUUUGACAUGUAUUUAAAACCAAAUGAGAAAGACAGAAGAGAAAUAUUUCAAGAUAUUGAGGAAAACUCUGAGAAUGUUGUCAUUGUGUUUGAUGGCAUCAGUUGUGUGCAAGAACAUUUCAUCCUGAAGAAGAUCAUGAACCGUGAACUUCUACCUGAGGCAAAGAUCAUAAUAACAUGCAGAUCAGAGCUGGAAGAUGAUCCUGAUGAUUUUGACUGGCCCUUACAGAAAGUGUAUGUUCAGGGAUUCAGUGAAGAAUCUAUCAGAAACUACUAUCAGAUGAUGUUGGGUCAUAAUCCUGAUCUUCUGAAUGUUGUGUUGAACAAUCAAGAGCUGUUCAGUCUUAGCUAUGUGCCAAUGUAUGCGUUCAUGACUGCAGUCUUCUUUCUCUUUAAAAAUGACACCGAGCUCAAACAUUCACACACAGUGACGGAAAUGUACAUCCACAUCUUACGUGAUGCUUUGAAGAAACACGGGAGAAAAAAAAUUGGACAAAUAGAUCAAUAUAUAAGUGAGAUCAGAGAUCAGCUUUAUCCUCUGAUGAAAAAUGCAUUCAAUGCGACUGAGCAGAAAAGCCUGAACCUUCCAGAGAUCAGCGGUGAUCAAACAGACAUUUGUUCUGUGUUUCUAAAAAUGAUCACAAUAAGAGACAGUCCAACAUCUGAAGUGACAUACUGUGCAUUUCUUCACAACACAAUGCAGGAAUUCUUCUCCGCUUUGUGGCUUCUUGGGAAUCCGGAUGAAAUUGAGAAAGUCCUGAAACUGUGUCAGACUGAGGAGAAUAAACACAUGAGAUAUGUUCUUCAUUUCCUCUGUGGACUUCUGGGUGAACAUAACAUCAAACUCCUCAAGAGUCUUUUCCCAGAGGAUCAGAUGAAGAAAACAUCAGAUUGGUUGAUUGAGAAACUUUUGGACGCUUUCCUUCAGCCUCAGAAUGAUGAUACAGACAUUGAUCUUCUGUAUGUGUGUCAGUGUUUGUAUGAGCUUCAGUCAUCUAAAGCUUGUUUAAUGUUCCUGGAGAAGAUGAACCAUCAGCUGGACCCUGAUGUGAAUCUGGACCCCCAUCAGUGUUGUGCUUUGUCUUAUGUGAUCAGUCAAUCCAGAGAUAAAGAGGUUUAUCUGAAUUUGGAGGACUGCACCGUCUCUGACACAGGAAUGAAGAUGAUUCUCUUUUGCUCAUCACAGAUCAGAAUAAAACUAUGGGAUAAACCAAUAAAGCAAAUUAAAUUUUUACUAGAAUUCUUCCAUAAAGUAUCACAGUGCAAACAGCAGAAUGAUGGGAUUACAACAUCAUGCUGUUGCACCUACUUUCAUCCAGAACUCUAUAACAGACCAAAUCUGAGCAGAGCACUGCUGGAUCUUUGCUCACAUGUGAAGGACUAUGAGACUCAAACAGGCAGGAGUUUACUUCCAGCAUUACAGUCAGUUUAUCAAUCACCUGAUGUCUGGAUCAUAAAUCUCUCAAAGAGAAAGACCUCCAUCCUCCUGGAAGUGCUGAAGCUUCAAACAGAGAAGAAACCAGUAGAGCUGAGAGACUGCACAGAUGAAGAGAGUCAAUUGAUUAGUUUACUUCACUGUCUGCCAUACAUCUCACAACUGAGAUUUUAUGUUGAUGAUACAAGCACUGUGAUCAAAUUUGUGUUGAAUCUCUUCAUUAAAGCAUCAGAAACUGAGGCACACACAGGAGAUCAGAUGUUGAAACUGUUGACAUCAGUCUGCACAUACAGAUCUUUUCCUUAUGAAUGGAUUAAUGAUGGUGCUCAGAGCGAUUUCCUGUUGGAUCUUUACUGUCAUGUGAAGAACUAUGAGAGUCAAACAGGAAGGAGUUUACUUCCAGCAUUACAGUCAGUUUAUCAGUCAGCAGCACCUGAUGUCUGGAUCAUAAAUCUCUCAAAGAGAAAGACCUCCAUCCUCCUGGAAGUGCUGAAGCUCCAAACAGAGAAGAAACGAGUAGAGCUGAUAGUCUGCACAGAUGAUGAGAGUCAAGUGAUGAUUUUACUUCACUGUCUGCCAUACAUCUCACAGCUGAGGUUUGAGUACAGUGAUGAAGAGAUACGGAUAUCUGCAGUAAGGUUUCUGCUGAGGAUCUGUGUUACAGCUGUAAAUAAUGACAUCAAUACAGGAACAAAAUUCAUUACUCAGCUGUCAUCUGUGUGCAGUUACAAAACCUUCCCUUAUCAUGAGGAAUAUUAUGACUAUGGUGAUUACAUAAAAAAAACACAGAGUGAUUUCCUGUUGGAUCUUUACUGUCAUGUGAAGGACUAUGAGAGUCAAACAGGCAGGAGUUUACUUCCAGCAUUACAGUCAGUUUAUCAGUCACCUGUUGUCUGGAUCAUACAUCUCUCAAAGAGAAAGACCUCCAUCCUCCUGGAAGUGCUGAAGCUCCAAACAGAGAAGAAACCAGUAAAGCUGAGUUACUGGACAGAUGAAGAGAGUCAAGUGAUGAGUUUACUUUACUGUCUGCCAUACAUCUCACAACUGAGGUUUGUUUACAGUGAUAAUAAGUCUGCUGUGAAGUUUCUGCUGAGGAUCUGUGUUACAGCUGUAAAUAAUGACAACAAUACAGGAACAAAUUUCAUUACUCAGCUGUCAUCUGUGUGCAGUUACAAAACCUUCCCUUAUGAUGAGAAAUAUUAUAAAGAUGAAAUAAACCAGAGUGAAUUCCUGCUGGAUCUUUACUCGGAUGUAAAGGACUAUGAGAGUCAAACAGGCAGGAGUUUACUUCCAGCAUUACAGUCAGUUUAUCAGUCACCUGAUGUCUGGAUCAUAAAUCUCUCAGAAAGAAAGACCUCCAUCCUCCUGGAAGUGCUGAAGCUCCAAACAAAGAAGAAACCACUAGAGCUGAUAGUCUGCACAGAUGAUGAGAGUCAAGUGAUGAGUUUACUUUAUUGUCUGCCAUACAUCUCACAACUGAGAUUGAAUCAUUAUUAUAUCAGUGAUGCUGUAGCAUUUGUGUCAAAACUCUUCAUUAAAGCAGCAGAAACUGAGAGACACACAAGACAUCAGAUGCUAAAGCAGUUGACAUCAGUCUGCACAUACAGAUCUUUUCCUUAUAAGUCAACUGACAGCAGUAACCAGAGUGAUAUUCUGCUGGAUCUUUACUGUCAUGUGAAGGCCUAUGAGAGUCAAACAGGCAGGAAUUUACUUCCAGCAUUACAGUCAGUUUAUCAGUCACCUGAUGUCUGGUACAUAAAUCUCUCAAAGAGAAAGACCUCCAUCCUCCUGGAAGUGCUGAAGCUCCAAACAGAGAAGAAACCAGUAGAGCUGAGAGACUGCACAGAUGAAGAGAGUCAAGUGAUGAGUUUACUUCACUGUCUGCCAUACAUCUCACAACUGCGUGGUGAUAAGCGCUGUGUGUUAAGUCUGGUUAAACUGGUUCAGUUCAGAGAGAAUCCAGAUCUGGUGAUGUCACUGUUUCAGGCUCUGGACUUCAAUCUCAGUCUGGAUGGAAAAUUACCCAGCAGCACCUGCAGGUUUGUGGGUGAAGUCUUACAUCUGUCAGCAGACAAACUCACUUUCACUGUCAAACCUCAAGCCAUCUCUCUCAGAGGAACAAGACUUCUCUUCAGACGCAUCACAAACAUACACACACUCAGGUUGAGUGGUUAUAUGAUAUUGAGAAUAGUGCGAGCAUUGAGGUCUUCAGGGGUUGGAGCUCCUGUCAGUGUAAAUGAACUCUCACUUGAUCUGAAUGAUAAACAGCGGUCAGAGAUGGAGAUGUCCAGGGUUUUGAGCAGUUUGUCUUCUCUUCUGAGACUCUGGACUGUUCAGUGUUUAAACUUGACUGAAUACAGGAUGAAGUCUCUCUCUCUAACUCUCCUGUUGUGUCAGCACAGCCCAGCGACUCUCAGACUCUCUAAAGAAAUUCUCCAGAUGCUGGCUGAAUGUGUGUAUGAAGCUCAAGAAGAGGAAGUGACUCUGUGCUUCCUACAGAAAAUGGGCGGAGAUUUGACUUCCUGUUCCUUCAGCUGGGAAAAACUUCACUAUUUCCUGCAGUGUGAAAUUCCAUCAAUCACUCUUAACCUUGAAGAAAGAAACACGACACUCAACAUCAAAGAAAUACUGCCAUUUCUCAACAAGAUUCACUUUCAGCGGAUGAGCUCCACCUUCAUGUUAUGUUUAAUUCGUGAGAUCUAUGAGUGGAGAUCUUCAGCGUUUGUGUUCAGUCUGUUGAGUUCAGUGAAGAACUGCAUUAACCUGCAGAGCAGAUCGCUGGACUCGGUCCACUGCGCAGCCCUGCGCUUUAUACUGCAACACUGCACUGCAGUUACACUCAACAUGAUGUGGACCUCCAUACCAGAGGAGGAGCUAAAGAGCAUUCAGACUCUCUUCAGUCACGUCUCCUGCCUUAGUGUUGACAGACGGCUGUUAUUGAGAAUGAUUCACUGCUGCAGUUCAUCUGAUGUCCAGCAGGAGGCGUCAGUGGUUUUGCUCUCUGCCCUGCAGCACAAACUGGACUUCACCUGUGAUUCAGCACUGGACCUGACAGAAAACACACAGACUCUACAACUGACUGCUGAAGACUGCUGUGUGAUAUCUGCAGUCAUUCAAAGAGCUUAUAAAGAUACACAAACCCUCACACAGCUGAGUCUACACGACUGUGAGAUUAAUACAGCUGGAAUCCAUCGACUCUUCUCAGUUUUACACUCUGUUAAACUCCGCUGUGAUAAAUGGAUGCUGCUUCAGUUUCUCUCUCAUGUGGGUCCUGGGGAAGCUGAAUCUCUUUCUCAGGCUCUGGGUGCAGAAGUGGAUCUCAGUCAGACUCAGCUGGACCUGCAGGUCUGUAGAGGACUGGCGCUGGUUCUGGAUCAUUCUGAAGGUCUGACAGAACUGGAUCUCAGUCAGUGUCAUCUUACUGAUCAGAGUCUGGAUCUCCUGCUGCCAAACCUUCAUAAAGCAGAAAUCAUUGAUUUUAGUGGCAAUAACAUCACUGACACCGGGGCACAGAAAAUCUGCAUCAUUGUCUCUCAAUACAGUAACAUAAAGACAGUAAGGCUCUUCAACAACAUAAUUCAAUUCAAGGAGCUCUUCUACAGAAACCCACGAUUUGAGAUCUGGUGAUGCCAAAAAUGUAGGAAUGGAUGAGCAGGUGAAAUAACCGGUUAUGAUACUAAUGAAGAAUAGUGGGACCCAAAACUUUGAAUGUUUUUCAGACCGAGCUACACUCGGACCAAAAUGGCUGAAGUCCUUCAAAUUAUAUGCAGACAGGAAAGGACUUCUCAUCAGAGAUGAUGCGACAGACACGGUUAAACAGCGGAGGAGAGCGUUAUUGCUUCACCUAGCGGGACCAAAUGUACAAGACAUCUUUUUAACCCUGGAAAAUACGGGGGAGGUUACCGACUACGCCGCAGCGAUGACUGCUCUCAAAUCUUACUUUGUGCCCCAAGUCAAUACAGCAUUUACCCGACAAGCUUUUUUAUAAGUUAACACAGAAAACGGGAGACAAUACAAGAUUUAUUUGUUUUAAGCAGACACAGAUAACCAGAUAAGAGACGCCAUUCUUAGCAAAUGUAUGUUGGAGUAUGUUCGUCCGAAAUUAUUAGAAGAGGGUCCAAAUUUAAUACUCACUCGCUCAGUAGAACUAGCUUCACAGUGUGAGAGGAUUGAGGAGCAAUGUCUGCCAUGUCUUUGAAACCUGAUAAUGUAAUUAAUCGAGUUGCUCCUAAAAGAGAUAAAGAUGAGAAAAUGUAUAAAAGAAACAGCAAAUAUAGACCUGGAGAGAGAAAAGCAACAGAAAAUGCAACAGAUGCGGACACACUGACCAUUCAGGCAGAGACCAGCAUGCACACAACGAGGUCAGGUAUGUCAUAAAUGCAGUGGAACCGAUCACUUUUAAAACAUGUGUUGCACAAAGUGUAUCACUCGGAAACAACAUGUGAAUAGUGUGGAGGAAACAGAUUAUGCAUUUGUCGUUCAAGAGGACAAAACGUCAGGGAGAAAACUGUACUCGUACUCUUCAAACCAACCUUUAGCAGUAAAGGGGGCAUUCACAUGUGAGGUGAACAUAUCUGACAGGACAGAUCAGGCUGAAGAGGGAAAGGGGAACCCCUCUUAGGAAAAGAGACCGCUGUCAAGCUGAAAGUUUUAAAAAUCGGAGACAAUAUCUCUGCCUAAAGUGAGAUAAAGCAAGCACUACAACACAAAUAUUCAAAGGUAUUCACUGGUAUUGGCAAGCGCAACACUAACCAAGUCACUUUACACAUAGACCCAAGUGUGAAACCAGUAGCACAGCCGCUUAGGCGUAUAACAUUUAAUCUCAGGAAGGCAGUAGAACGGAAAAUUAAAGAGCUGGUAGAGAUGGAUAUCAUCGAACCUGUUAGCGGUCCUACACCAUGGGUAAAUCCUGUAGUCAUAGUGCCUAAGGCUAACUCAGAGAUAAGACUAUGUUUGGACAUGAGACAAGCCAACCGAGCCAUAGUGAGAGAACGCUACCCCAUUAACACAGUGGAUGAGAUUCACCAGGGCAUUAAUGUAUUUAGCAAACUGGAUUUAAAGUGGGGUUAUCACCAGCUGGAACUUCAAGAGAAAUCACUUCAUUCGCUGUGCAUAAUGUCAUGUACAAAAGACUGCUUUUCGGUGUAUCCUCUGCCAGCGAACAGUAUCAACACGAGAGUGCCAAUGCUUUAGCAGGAAUUGAGGGUGUACAAAAUAUAUCAGACGAUGUCAUUGUUCAUGCUGCCGACCAAGAGAUGCACGACCAGCGGACUGUAUAUAGGAGUAUUAAACAUUCAAUGACAGAAACACUUCUCAUGUUAAAAAAUUCAACAUUGCUGAUGUAACAGAAGGACGAAUCGAGAAUGGGCAGACAAACCAGGACACAAACUUUCACUGAAGCAGAACACCCUGCUGAAAAAUCCAGCAUCAAACCAGCAUGGGAAUUAUGCUGGUCUAUGCUGGUUUGAUGCUGGUUUAGCUGGUGGUCACCAGCAUACACGCACCAAAACACAACAUAUGCUGUGUCUUGCUGGUAUGACCAGCAUGGGAUGCUGGUGCUAAUGCUGGUUUAGCUGGUGCUAAUGCUGGUUUAGCUGGUGCUAAUGCUGGUUUAGCUGGUGCUAAUGCUGGUUUAGCUGGUGCUAAUGCUGGUUUGGUGCUGGUUUAGCUGGUGCUAAUGCUGGUUUAGCUGGUGCUAAUGCUGGUGCUGAUGCUGGUUUGGUGCUGGUUUAGCUGGUGUUCACUUGCAAACCAGCACUAAAACACAACAUAUGCUGGUCUUGCUGGUAUGCUGUUUAUUUCAGCAGGGCAAUCAGACACAGCAAAGCAAAAUAGACCCCAACGGGCCAGACGGCUGCCCGAGAAGUUGUCUGAAUAUGUUGUGAACUGACGUUGUUUAAGUUGAACAUGUUAUACUGUUUGUUCUGAGGAGUUGAAUGUUUGUUCUGAGGAGUUGAAUGUUUGUUCUAUAUCCUGAUGAAGACAGAUUUAUCUACAGAUUUAACUGUGAAUUGAUAAUGUCUUAUUGAUGUAUGCAAGUACUUUAAGAUAUUUAAUCUACUACUGGAAUU